AUGUCUAAGUUUUAUGACGAUGAUGACGCUGUGGAUUAUGACGACGAUGUACCUGAUUUCCAGGACGAGGAUGAAUUUGACGAUUAUUUAAACGAUGAAGAAUUUGAAUUGAUGAACCAGUUGUUUCCCCUGGCGAAGGAGCAAUUAGCUGAUUAUCAGGGUUGGGAUAACUUGGCCGUGAAAGUUGCGAUUUUUGAUCACAAUUUCGAGUUAGAACCUGCAUUGGUCGAUUUAAAGAGAAGAUUCAAGAAAAAGGUAUCAUUUAUUUGUUUGUUUGCAGAACAGAAAGUGGAAAAGAAACUAUCGGCCUUAGAAUUACUGGCUAGGAAACGUGCAGAAGCAAGGAAUAAGGCUUCAACAAUGGCACCUGCAACAACUAAGGUUUCUCUUCUGGACAAACUCAAGAACGGAGGUGGUAAUGGACAAAAUGGUAAUCCUGUAAAAACAACUGUAUCCGUAGCUAGUCGAUUGCAAUCACUUAAAAGGGGACCCAUUACUACUGACAAUAACAGUAACGGCGCUGCAACUGCAUCCUUUUCACAACCGAAAACUCACACAUUGGCAUCAAAAUUGGCAUCACUCAGGAAAAGUAAACCUGAGGGACAGAUUAUAGAGAAACCCGAAGCGGAAGAAACGAACGUAGAGGUGGUCAUCGAAGAAAAUAAGAUAGAUCAUGAAAAGAAAGAUAAGGAUGACCCAUGGGUCAUACUUAACCAAUUGAAAGAUUCAGCAUAUGUCAGUAAUAUAAACGAAAUUCUGGCAAUCAACAAGGUACCGUUAUAUUCUGGCAUCUUGGAGAAACUAGAGUUUAAUUCAACAACCACGAAAAGGAAACACGAAGAACUGUUUUCAGUCUAUUAUCCAAAUACUAACAAUAGAGUAGUUAAAAAACAAGCAAUUGCUAACUUUAGCAAGCCAUCUCCGGAUGAUGUCGUAAUAAACCAACAAAAGGCAGCAUUCGAGGUGGAUAAAAUUAAAGAAAAGGUCGCUGAUUUAUCUAUACAAGAUAAACAAAGUUCAAAAACUGUUGAAAAAGAAGAGGAUAUCAAUGACGAUGACGAUGAUGAUGAGAAGUUACCUUUUGAAGAGCCUGUUGUGAAGACUUACAAGAAGGUGAGUGUUCCUACAAAACCUAAAAAUGCAAUCAAUAUUUCUUCCUACCUCGACAACAAGAAACCUCAUUUGAAUUUUGUAGUUCUAGGUCACGUUGAUGCAGGAAAAUCCACAUUGAUGGGACGUCUACUAUACGACGUUGGUGCUGUUGAUACAAAAUUGAUUCGUAAGUUGCAAAAGGAAAGUGAAAUGAUUGGCAAGUCCUCAUUCCAUCUUGCUUGGGUCAUGGAUCAAACUUCAGAGGAAAGAAAUAGGGGUGUUACCGUUGACAUUUGUACUAGUGAUUUUGCCACUACUAAAAGUUCGUUCACCAUUGUUGAUGCUCCUGGUCAUAGAGAUUUUGUUCCAAAUGCAAUUGUUGGGAUUUCACAGGCUGAUGUCGCUGUUCUUUCAGUAGACUGUGGAACCGAUGCAUUUGAAUCAGGUUUUAACCUUGAUGGUCAGACUAAAGAACACGCAUUGCUAGCCAGAAGUCUCGGAAUUAAACAUAUCGUUGUUGCCAUGAAUAAAAUGGACUCUGUAUCGUGGUACGAAGGUAGAUUUAACGACAUUAGAUCAGAAUUGGCUGUUUUCUUCGAAGAAAUCGGUUUCAAAGGUAACGAUGUAAGCUGGGUUCCAUGCAGCGGGUUAAGUGGUGAGGGUAUCUUCAAAACCCCAUAUCCGCCAUCUCAAACUUGGUAUCAGGGACCAAGUCUCGUUGGGGAACUUGAAAAUGUUGCUUUGAAGCUAGCAUGUGUUGAUGAAAGUGUUACCAAAGAGCCUUUCCUCUUCAACAUUUUGGAUGUCACUCCAACUUCCAAAAAUACAUCCGCCAUUAUAUCUGGUAAAGUAGAAUCAGGUACUAUUCAACCGGGCGAAACUAUCACAAUAUAUCCAUCUGAGCAGAGUUGCGUUGUUGAUUCAAUAUUAUGCGGCAAUGACUCUCAAAAAGUGGAUAUUGCAUUACAUGGAGACUUUGUCCAAUUGAAGUUGCAUAACGCCUUCCCUGAAGAUAUUCAAGGUGGUGAUUUGGCAUCUAUCGUUGGAUUUGAUAUCCCAAGCUCCCAAGAAUUUACCUCAAGACUCUUGACUUUCAGGCUGGAUAGACCGUUAUUACCUGGUACCUCGCUCAUGCUCUUUAGAGGUGCUACAGAACAACCUUGUAGAAUCAAAAAAUUGUGUUGUACUGUCGAUAAAAGUAAUCCAUCUAAGGUUUUAAAAAAGAAAGUGAAGCAUUUGGGUUCUCAACAAGCUGCCAUAGUUGAGAUCGAGCUGGUGGAGAAAAAAAGAAGAAUCCCAAUGCUAACAUUCGAGCAAAAUAAGAAGUUAGGAAGGGUGGUUCUAAGAAAGGAGGGAAGAACAAUCGGAGCUGCGUUGAUCAAAUCUUUAGAUUAUUAA